AUGCACAACCACCUCAGCGGCAAUUUUCUAAAUCUUACGGUUGCAAGGGGAGUAUCUGAACUACGCGUUACUGCUUUCUCAUGCCGCCCAUGGGCGCAGAUGGCUUCAUUCCCAAUACCUAUGUCUGUCUUCACGGCAUCCCUGAACCAGUGCACCCUGGCCCUUGAACAAUUCUCACCGCCGUCACUACUCGGCGAUAGCAAAGAUGAAACGAGGAAUCAGGAGAAGAUCAGUCAAGCGGAUUCACGUAUUGGCAGGAGGCUCAGUUCCUCGACGUCACGUCGCGGUCACGCAACCUUUGUUCGACAGGAGAUCUAA